AUGGAUCUGGAGAUGGAUGAAGAUGACGUGGAGGAUUUGGAAUUAGCUGAUUCUUCGGACGAAAAGCAAGACUUGAACCCGGAGUUACCGGACGAGAAACCGAACGUCAAAUUUGCUACCAAAGAGGUGGUGAAGCGAAAAGUCGAAUGCGAUGCCCUUCAGCUCGGUAACAACUCCACAAGAGGACCUGCCAAGAAGAAGAACGCCCAUCAAAAGAGCACAGACCGAUUCGGAAUGGCGAUGGAUCGGGCAGCCGCCAUUAGUGCGCAUUGCAAUCAUCGAAGAGUUCAGCGGCGUAAAUUGGCGGUUUUGAAACAGGAAAGUCGUGCCAGAAAGCAGCGGCUAAACCGUGGGCCAAUGGGGAUUACGGAACUUCGCCAAUUCGCAAGCUCUCUUACAACAGCCCAGCAAGCUCUGAAAAAUUCGUCAGUCGAUUUGCAUGAGGCGCAGAAGAAGCUGAAGGAAAUGAUCGACGCUAAAACUCCCAAAAAUCAGCUGGGGCAGCAACGGAAACGUGUCAACCAGGCCAGAAAUCGGCAGCAAAACGCCUGGAAGCGAUUAAAGGUGUUUGCGCUUGAAAGUUUGAAAAGCACUCGUCCUGGCGGCCAAGCUAAAAGCUGCUCAAAACAAGAAAGCUCCUCAACAACGACCUACAAGGAAAAAUAUUGCCGCAAAUCGCUCGAGAUCUUUAUCCCCGAGAAGAACCAAAAAUCGAAGACUAAACGAGACGCAAAGCACUCGAAUUCGACGACACUCCGCGCUGACGGUCUGGGAAUUGAUGCGAAAGCGACGAGCUAUCAGGAGUGCAUGACGAUUGCAUGUUUAUGCAAAUUUUGGAAUGGAACUUCUAGUCCAAAUUGCCACUACAAGAAGCUCCCGUUAACGAAGGCCGUUCGAAAAGAAUAUCACACUCUCACCGAUGUAGAGCGGAAUCGAUAUCAUGCCGCGCUGAAAACGCUGAAGAAAAAGGGGGUCUACGAUGUUUUUGCCACCUUCCACGCAAAAGCCUCAAAUGCGAUGAAUGCCCACCACGGGCCUGCGUUUUUGCCCUGGCAUCGAGAGCUGUUGAAACGCUAUGAACUGGAACUCCGCAAAAUCGAUCCACGCGUUUCUCUACCCUACUGGCUGAGCAGCGUCAACAACUACGCGCCAAGAGAGCCAGACUUUCCGUGGCGUUCCAGGCAACAGAUAACGUUCAGCCCAAAAUUCAUGGGAUCAGCCGUCGGGCCCGUGAAAACCGGACCGGCCGCCGGAUGGAAUCGAACGGACCGGGUAAGGCUCGGAUUCGACAUCUACGAUACCGUAUUUUCGAGCGGACCAUUAACCCGGAACGCUGGGGAUCGUAACGCAUAUUUCGUGUUGACGAACGCCGCCCUAAUCCUGGAAUAUGCAAACGAUUACACGUGGGUAUUCCGGACGCCACCACCUUAUAUGGAGACUUGCACGACCGACUGGUUCAAAUCUACGCAGCCCAGCUUCGAGGUCUACCAUGGCUAUGGGCAUAUGACCGUUGGAGGAGAUAUGAACGUUACGGCGACAGCGGGCGCGGAUCCACUAUUCUUCAUGCAUCACGCCAACUACGAUCAGUUAUUCGAGACAUGGCGCCAGAAGUGGCAGGAUCGUGACGAACGCGAGACCCAAUACCCAUCAGAUGACAUAAUUUCUGAAUGUACCUCAGCUACACACCAAGCAGCUGUCGCCAUGGAACCAUUUACGAACCUUAGGGUUAUCGACGGCCUCUCCAAUCUUUAUACCGACGAGCUCUAUGAGUACGCCCCGGCGCCGAGCUGUUCGGUGCAGAAACCGGAUUGUGGUAGUCCAUACCUCUUCUGCUCGUUGAGCAACACCACAUGGUGGGAGACCCAGGUGGCGGUCAACUGUCUAGCGAAAAUGAUGCCGGGUGGAGAGUGUUCUCAUUUUGUCUCUGGGGAAAAACCCUGCUACCAAGGAAAAUGUGUAAACGGGAUCUGUGUGAAGACC